AUAACAAUCGGGGAGCUUCAUUUUCCGGAAAACCUGGUCGUCGAUGUAGGCGUUGGAUUUAGCUUCACCUGCCGAGCUAGCCAUCCUUCUCGCAGUCCCGAGGUGGUCUUCGACGAUGGUCGCCCUUUGAAUGGAGAUACUCGCUUUGUCGUCACCCGUCCGGAGCCUUCAGUUGUCCGAGUUGAGGUGCCACAGGGUCUGAAGAUGCAGGACAAUAACAUGCGGUUCAAAUGUAAACUCGGACGUCCGCUGGAUCCACAACGAGAUCCGUCACCGGCCACGUUGCUGGUUGUCGUCAACCAAAAGUGCGCCGUCGGUACGAGAAAUUGUUCUCAUCCCGGCCGGAGUGGACUGCUCUUUCGACCUCGCAUCGGUCUUAUCAACACCCUCAGCGGGGGUCGAACCGCGACAGUGUAG